CGCCCACUACAGAGGCAUCUGAUGAAUAUGCGAAAUCAAGCUCUACCCGAUUGAACAGAAAUGACUUUACGCUCUAAAGACCAACGUUAGUUUCACUCAUUUCAACCCGUUAGUUUUCUGUGAAGAUUUCCAAGGUCAGGUAUAACGUUAGUUCGUCUAUUAUUACACAUUCGCAUGCGCUACGUUUUGACAAAUGUCUGCCCAUGACCUAACGGGGGGUCUAGCUUCUCCCUAUCCGGAUUCACAAAAGGCUGCUUGCGGAUCUUGCGCAGUUUGUAAAACACACCUGAAGUCUUCCACAGAACCCAAACUUCUGCCUUGCCUGCACACAGUUUGUCACGCUUGCCUCGUGAAGACCCGCAGAGAUGAAAGCACACACGAAUGUCCUUUAUGUGGGCAGUCCUUCAGUUUUUUAGAGAUCACAGAUUGCAUUGUUUUUGAAGAUGCAUCUAACAGUAAAGAGGACCCCAAGUGCAGUGCUUGUGAAGAGACUGAGGUUAGUGGAUGGUGUGUCCAGUGUGAGGAAGCUUUGUGUUCCGACUGCGUGUCCGCUCAUCACAGGGUCAAGGUGACGCGUGACCAUGAAGUCAAACACACAAUACCACCCAUAGUUGGGAUGCCCAGAAAACGUUGUCCCUCACACAGUCAGGAGAGCUUGAGGUUCUUCUGUCUUGUCUGUGAAGAACUGACCUGUAAAGACUGUCAGCUUAUUACACACAGAGGCCACAGUUUUGUGCAGCAGGAGGAAGCUGAAGAGUCUCAGAGACAGCGGCUGCAGAGUUUGCUGGAGUCCAUCAGAAAACAAAAAGAGGCGGUUAGCACCAGCCUGCAGCUCCUUGAAGCGAGAUAUAAUGACAUUCAGAAGAUGAAGUCACAAGCGUCAAAGGCAUUAGCUCAACUGGUUCACAGCAUUUAUCAGUCAUUCCUUGUGAACGCUAGGCAGACCUUCAAGGAGGUGGAGGCACUGUGUGCAGAAGAAGUGAAAGGUUUGUUGCAGAAGAAGACAUUACUAAACAAGAUGGAGGACUAUCAGGAUUACAUAGCUGCUUUUAUUGACAAGAUACUGAGCACAGAGGGCCACUGUCUCCUGGUCCACAAGAAGAGAAUUGAGUCCCAGUUGAGAAACCUUCUGUCCCAGAAGACGUGUCCACCUGAAACCAUGUUUGAGCUACAGCUUCAGAUUCAGAAAGACCACUAUAACAACAUCAUGAAAUGGGGAUUUAUGAGGGUUCGAAGGAUUACUGUUCCAUUUACAUCAAGCAUCGGUUCCAACUUGGAAAAGUCUGGCGAAGGCUUAAAUCUUCCAUCUGACUGCGCAAACUCGGCUCUGAUUGCCACCAAUGUUCAUCCUCUUCCGGCCUCCUCAAGUUCUGAACAAUCGACUGAAGGCGUCUCUACUCAAUCCAAAUAUCCACACAGUCCCUCAUCUAACUGUGUUCCAGAUGUCCCUCCUACUAAAACUCACUUAAAUCAUGCGCCACAUGGGAACCCCACUGUACCUGAAAUACAGUCAACCAAACCUAGGAAGACCUGGACCUUUAAUUAUUUCUCUCCGCCAGUCUCCAACCAGACUCCACUGCAGACACAGCCGGUACCAACCAACACCCAAGCAACAAUCUUUCCAAAACCAGUAUUGACCAACCACCCAACACCCAGAAUCACCCCCCCAAUACCAGCCAACAAUCAAACACCUGUAUUUCGACCCCCAAUACCAGCCAACUGUACUUAUACCCGAACCCCUAAGCUUGCCCAAACAAUCCCAGCCGAUAAUCAAAUGCAUGCACACCCAAUACCACUGGAUGACAGAACAGCUGUAUUCACUCAACCAAUACUAGCCAACAAUCAACCACCUAUACUAGCCCACCCGAUACCAGUUGAUGACCGAACGGCUGUACUCACCCAACCAAUACAAGACCACCCAAUACCAUUGGAUAACCAAACAGCUGUCCUCACCCAAGCAAUACUAGCCACCAGUCAAUCACCUAUAAUCAACCUUCCAACAACAGUUCAUAACAAUAUGAUUGUUCUCACCCGACCAAUACAAGCCCACAGCCAGCCGCCUAUAUUCACUCUUCCAAUACCUUCCAUCAACCAAACGGUUGAAUUGACUCACCCAAUACCAGUUAUAGCAUCCAACAAUGAAACACCCAUGCUUGCCAGCCCAGUAUCAAGCAUGCCAACUGACACCCGAACACUCAUACUUGCCCAUCCAAUACAAACCAACAUUCUGGGAGCCAUACACACUUUUCCAGCGCAACCCAAUAUUUCCUUAACUGUUCCUUCAAACACACUUUCAAUUGCUACAGUAUAUAGAGACCACUGUGCUGGACUCCCCAAGUCAGAGAAUUCCCAGCUCCAUGGUCCUUGUGCAUCGAAUCCCACCAGUCCAAGCAUAGCUGGUGGUUUCUUAUUAUCCACAAACCCAACAAGUUCUCCAUAUAAUAGCAACAACCUCAGGACCAACCUCCCUGUCAAGGCAUUGGCUGACUCUGCCUGUGAUCAAGUCGCUUGUGUGAGCAGCACAGAAUUCACAGAUACGGAGAAUCAAGGGAACAACUUACCCACCUCCACUGUGUCAGAGACUGAUUUCAAAGAACCCUCUCCAGCUCCUGAAAGAGAUCGUGUAAACGCUGCUGUCCCAUCCAGCAUUCUUCAGGAUCUUCUCGCUGGCACCACUGAGAAACGUUUUCCUGGACAAAGUUCUCAAUGUCUGCUGAGAUCACCGCCUGAGGGUUGGCAAUCUAAAACUGGUCAUUUAUCCAAAAAGAACUGCUUUGAAACAGGACACUGGAGUUAUGGCAUGCCAACAUCUUUCCAUCAGCUUGUAAUGAAGACAGGCGUGCCUGUUUGCUCGGACAAUGUAAAUGACAAGGCUCUGUUGGAUUCUGUGUCCUGUAGUGAGUCAGAAAGCAUAACUUCACUUGGAUGUGAGAAGACGACAAUAACACAUGACAGGACUCUCCGAAGUGAUUUUACCAAGGAGGAAGAUGAAGAAUCUGCAGUAACAUUGGAACACCAACAGCAAUUCAAGAGAUUUCUGCGUGUAAACUUAUUGCGCCUGCCUGUCUCCCUGCCUCCAUGCGGGCAGACACUUCCAGAGUUCCACCUUACUAGUACUGAUAGCUCUGCUGAUCAUACCUUUGUGGAGAAAACCCAUGGGAUUAAACAGGUGUGGAGAUGGAACGAUGAUCCAUCGAAAGCUUCUUCUCUAUCUACGCCUCAAGGUAGCGUCAGCCCUCUGUCAUCUGAAGUACAGUUCUGCUCCAUAUGCCAGUCGGCAGGAGCCACGCUUCUGUGCUCCGAUUGUGGCCGUGCUUUUCACUCCGACUGUCACAUCCCACCCAUCUUUGUCAAACCUUGUGAGGAUUGGGUGUGUUUGCUGUGUCUGAAUGUCAACGAUGAGAUAAUUAUGUACGGCAGCGAGCAGAAACGCAGCCUGAGCCUGCAGGAUCAAAGAAAAUGUGAGAAGCUCCUUCUUAGUCUUGUUUGUGAUGAGAACAAAUACCUACUAUACAGCAUAAAGCGCUCCAAAAUGGCAGAAUUCGAUAUAAUACUUGGCCGAUUGUUGGGGAAACAGAAGCCACCUUAUCGGACUCCAGCUGAACUAGUGUCAGAUGUUUGGACACUUCUUGACAUCCUGUCAACAAACUCUGAGAACAGAGACGUGGUUGUCAAGCUUCAAACGUCUUUUCAGCAACAGCUGAAUGAAUCUUUCGGGCAGAGUCUCCAUGCUUCUCUUCUAAGAUGCUACAGCAGCACUUCAAACGCUUCAGACGUAUCUCAAAGAGAAAAGCAUAAAAACACUUUAAAACGGAUGCGUGAUUUUUUCACAGCCAACUGUGGUACAGUAUUAAAGAAGCCCUGCACUGAUAGAGGGAAGGAUAGCGAGCAUUGUGGGAACCCUGAAGCCACUGAAUAUUCAGUUGAUUGACUUGAAGAAAGUUACUUUUGAACCACAAUAAAAGUUGUGGAGAAGAAACAACCUUACUGUACAUAAUUAUUUAUAGUAACUUUUGUCAUGAGUCUUACAGUAAAAUGGUUUAAACAGACUGUGUUUGUUGUGUU